AUGUCUUCUUUUCUAUUCCGUCGCGCCGCCGCCCCUGCGGCCUCUGCCGCCCGCGCCUUUAGCACCUCGUCGCCGCGCUCCGUUGCCCGCAUCACCAUUGUCGGCAACCUCGCCGACACGCCCGAGGUCGUGACCACCAACAGCGGCCGCGAGAUCAUCAAGUACGCCGUCGCCAGCAACUCGGGCUCCCGCGAAAACCGCCAGACUUCGUGGUUCCGCGUCACCAGCUUCGCCGAGGGUCCCCGCAAGGAUUAUCUCCUGACACUGCCCAAGGGUACCAGCGUCUUUGUCGAGGGUGACGCCAGCACCGGCACUUACCAGGACAAGGAUGGCCAGACUCGCAACAGCUUCAACAUUGUUCAGCGCAACAUUGAGGUUCUCAGACGCCCUCAGUCCCAGAACGAGUAA